UAGAGUACAGCCCAUGGUACUAGGUAAGUUAUCAGCAUCAUCUGGUCAGUCUGGUCGUCGAGGGACAUGGAUGGGCUAUGCUACUAGGUGCAAUAUGUGGUUAGCUUCGGUAAAAAAAAACACUCGAGUAACCUGUCAGUUCUUUGAGUCGACCGAAGUUCCGCCAAGCUGCAGAAUGUCACCACGUAUGAUGGCUGGCUUCACGACCACACGUAACGUAUCGUCGAAUGGUUUGAAUGGUAUACGAGGUAUGGAGAAAAACAGCUACCUACGUCAGGUGUUGGUUGGUAGUAUGUAAGUAAAUAUUACCUGAAUGAAUAGAUGAGAGUGAGCAUAUAAAGACGACAUCCUCUCGUCUUUUCAAUAGUCUUCUCAUUAUCAUCAGCAUCAGCUUCAACAUCAACAUCAACAACAACAUCUCAAAGUUUCAAUACUCUCACCCACGUCUCCAUCUCUAUCAACUCCAGAAUAUAUCUUAUUCUCCCUUCCAAACCAACCCCCCCAACAACCAUCAAUAUGCAGUUCACCAAGCUUGUCCAGCUCCUUUCCCUCGCCGUCGCCUCGUCGGCUGUCUCUGUCUCCUACGAUACCGGCUACGAUGACCGAUCUCGCUCUCUUACCGUCAUCUCCUGCUCCGACGGCCCUACCGGCCUGAUCACCCGCUACGGAUGGCAAACACAGGGCGACAUUCCCACCACCUACAUCGGCGGCACUGAUGCUAUCGGCGGCUGGGGUUCAUCAGCUUGCGGCACCUGCUACGAGCUCGCGUACCAGGGCAAGACCAUCAACGUCCUGGCCAUCGACCACGCCGGCUCCGGCUUCAACAUCGCCCUCGACGCCAUGAACGCCCUCACCAACGGCCAGGCCGUCAGCCUCGGCCGCAUCGACGCCACCUCGCGCCUCGUCGACGUCAGCGCCUGUGGUGUUACCGCAUAAGCGAACCUUUUCCGUCUUCUUUUUUUAUUUAAUUUAAUUGCUUACGCAUCCAUCCUCUCUUCCAACAUCUUUACGCCUUACGUACGGUAUGAUACGAUACGAUACGAUACGAUACGAGAUGAGAGAUCCAUGGGUCCGGGGGUUGAAUUGAACAUUUGGGGUGGAGGUGGUGUUCGGGUCCCGGCGUCUUUUUUUUUAUUAUCAUUACCGAUCAUAACGGAAAAAAGUCCUAUCCAUUCUAUAGUACUUAAUGUUCAUUCCUUAAUAUCUAACACAUUGCAAGCCAUGCAUCAGGGACGGCGCUGGGUUUAUUUAUUUAUUUUACCAAUCCAAAAAAAGGACAGCAUUCAUUAGGAGUAUAGUUAUCACACAUACAGACUUACAAUAGCAUAGCAUAGCCAUAUUUGCAGCAAGCACUCACUACCUACUUAUCCGCCUGGGUACCUACAUAGGUAGUACUUUAGCUUAACAAGAAAUCAAAAAAUAUGACUUCUCGCAAGGAAAGAAAA